CUGGCUAUGAAAAGUACGGGCCCCAUGGGCGUGUUCAUGGCAUUGCUGGGGAUAGCAAUUCUGUGUCUGUGCCUGGUAGGCUUCGUACUCCCGGAAACGUCGCGAGGCAUUGUUGGGAACGGGUCAAGACCUGCGACGGGUAUCUGGCGGACUUGGUUAUCAUUCCUACCAUGUCACAAGAACCGUUCGUCCUCGGAUGUCCUUUCGAUGCAGACUCAGUCGUCGACGCCAAAACCCAGACAGAUUUUUCGCAGGAUCUUCGAUUCAAUACGCAUGGUUCGACAUCCAGAUGCGGCAGCUAUUCUCUGCAUGGUUGCCUCGUCGUACGGCAUCUACUACACCUUCCAAGUCGCCCAUUCAGUCAUUUUUGAAGAACGGUACCAUUUCAACGAACUGCAAAUCGGUCUGUCUUUUCUCCCUGGCCUUGGCGGAAUGACGGUAGGCGGGACAAUAGCAGGAAAGCUCCUCGAUAUCAAUUACGCUUAUCAAGCGCGUGAAAGCGAGAUUUCUGAUACAGCCAACGCUAUGGAUUUUCCCAUCGAAAGGGCCCGAUAUAGGAAUGCGGUGCCGUUGAUAUGUGUGGAGACAACACUUGUGGUCGGCUAUGGCUGGACUGUACAACAGCACACGCAUCCUGCAGUAGUCCUCACACUCGAGUUGUUCAUCUGCGCCUUGUCCACGCUACUCAGCCACACGGCUAAUGCAUUGCUCGUAGAUGUCUUCCCCCAAGCCCCCAGCACAGCGUACGCAUCGGGCCAGGUUGCACGAGGCGGGUUCAGCGCUGCGUCUGCUGCCAUUAUCGAUCCAUUGGUGCGUUCCCUAGGAUAUGGAUGGUAUUUUACCAUAUUUGCAGCAUUCACCGGGACUGCGUGUUUGUCCUGCGUCAGUUUGAGCCGGCGGGCGGGUAUGCGAUGGCGGCGCAAGAGAUAUCUGAACGCUAGCCGUGGGCCAGGGGAGGAGUAGCCGCCUAGUCUCGCACGUGGCAUAUCGGGUAGUAUACAUCUGACUGUGAACUGGCAAUACAAGGUUGGUUAGAGGUGGAGACGUCGAUGCUUGAUGUAGCUGCAGCUGUAUUUGCUUUUGCCCAGAGCAGGCCCCUGUGCGAUAACCAUCUUGAAGCAAAGCCAGAUUCCGCGGUGUGAGAUAGAACAGCGAGGCCGGGCUAUUUUCGAAUUUAUCCAGUGCAGACGUAUACAUAGUUUGAGGCUACUGAAAUGAGUGGAUAUGGCUGCACGUAAGACCUCCUCAGAGACAAUCGACGUGGACGUGUCUUGGAUGGAAAGCAAGGCGUCCUUUUGUGGCUGUGACGUGUCGAUGAG